AUGUGCACGGGCAAGUGCAAAAAGAAGAAGGGCCAGACGGGCACAGCUGCGGUCGCCAAGAAUGCGAAGGCGAACCCGAAGGCCCCCGCUGCUACUUCGCUUCAAAAGAAGGGCGGACCGCCAGGCAAAGUCCCGAGCGGUACUCGCGUUGUUGAGCAGAAGAAGCUCAUCAGCCAGAACAAGCCCGCCCCCGCCCCGAAGACGGCGCCCCGCAAACGAACCUCCGGCUCGUCGACGUCGAAAACCAAGAAGACGAAGACGCUGUCGCCAUCUCCGGCUGGUCAACGUGCCUUGCCAAAGAACAAAGACGUCACCCACAGCAAUUCGGCCGGGCUGUUGGCCGCCGAAAAGUCGAAGCGAAAGGAAGGAAAGAAAAAGGAUGCUGGCCCGGAAGACAAGCAGAAGAAGGGACCAGUGAUGAAGAAAGGCUCCGAGCGAGACAAAAAACCAAAGACGUCGACAAGCAGUUCGAAGGGCAAAAAGAAGAAGACACUGGAGGAGGGCGGUCAGAAGAAGGCAAAGGGCGUCGAGCUCGUCAAGGAAAAGGAGCCGGCGAUGGAUCCGACGCAAGAAGAUCACACACGAGUCGACCCUGAUCUCAUCACCGCCGUCGACUUUGAAUUCGAGCAAUCGUACAAGAAAAUGCAAGAGUCAUUCCCGGAAGAUUCGCGUCGACUUCGCGACCGGAAGAAGCGUCUCCGCCCCCAGAAUACCCAGACGAAUUCGGUGACGCUGGAGGAUUUGCUGGGAGAGAAGCAGAAGAAGAAGAGAGAGCAGGAUGGCGAGAACAAGAAGCCGAAGAAAUCGAAAGAAGACUUGGCGAUCCCCACCGAGCAGCGCAUCUUCACCAGCUCGCCGCCGCUGCCGAAGGGAGCCGUCGAGCAGGCGGAUCCCCGCCAAUCGCAGCAGCAGCUGAUGUACGCCUCGUACGUUGGAGCUUCCGGUGCCCAGAUCAGGACUUGGUCCUUCACGGACAGUCGCCCGAUUAAUGGGACUGCCCUCCCCGAAUAUGGCGAUCCCUUCCAGCAGCUAAUCAUUGGAUGCUUUCGUGACGAAUGUCCGAUGCGUGCCGGCGCCGCUCCGCCCUGUCCCACCACGGCAACGUCGAUGAGCAGCUCCGGCCAGUCGAUCACCAUCCAGCCCUCAUGCCAGACGCCUUCGUCGGCACGUUCGCACGGCCACACGCAACGGAUCCACGGACACAGCGAUCGUGGCCCCUACAAGCAGACGGUUCGUGAGCUCGACGUCAUCGAUACGGAAUACGCGGGCGAGGACGCCGCUAAGAAAGUGCCGAUUGUCGAGAAGCCGCUGGGGUUCGAGGCGAUCAGCCGGCAGAUGCGGGACCUCACUCUGCAGAUUGACUCGGUGGCCGCUGAAGUGACCAGCCUGACCAAGGUGUUUAAUGGAAAGCCGAUGACGACGAUGACCGUCAAG